GUUCAAUGUCUUAUGAAUGACAGCCGCUUGUUCAGGUUAUGUCACAUUGUGGCAGUGCAGUACACUUGAUGAACAAAGUGAGUUAAGGGUAAAGGCAGGACAGAGGGGGAGGGUCGCUGACUGAGAUGUGCCCCGACGGCUGGUUUUACGCAGAGAGGAGCACAGCGCACGGUUGUGUUUUCUGCUUGGUUAGCAAACAGUCCUCGUAGUCUGUAGUCUAGUCAACUUCGUGGAUUUGUGUUGGCGUCAAACAUUCACCCAGUGAGGGAAAUUCAACCUGAUCAGCUGAGAAGUGGACUGAGAUUCUAGAGGAAUGUGUUUUACUUUAAAGUAGGCCAGCUCCACCUGUAUCUGCUACGUCUGGACUUCUUUUUACCUCAAAGUGCCAAACUAAACUUUAAUUAAAACUUUUCCUGCGCAUGAUGUACACAAUUACAAGAGGUCCCAGCAAACUGGUCACCCAGCGACGGACAGGGCCUACUCAGCAGCUCGACAACCAAAUAAACGACUUCAAGCACAAACAAACUUCCUGGAGUAUGCCUGACCUUCCUGCACCCAAGAUAGUUUUCAACCGUCCAAACGGGAGAAAGUACCACCACCCUGCUCCGGCUCUCCCUGCAGACAACCAGCAGGAAGAGAGCUUCACGCCCGCGCACAAGGAAAACGUCAAAUUUGUCUAUGAUGCCUGGCAGGAGAUGGUGCAGCAGGAGGGGGGGUCAAAGGAGACCCAGGGAGCAGUCCACUAUGAAGAACCUACUCCUAACCCACACGUGCACAACUUUGUGCCCAUAGAUCUUGAUGAAUGGUGGGCCAAGCGUUUCCUAGCCAAUAUAGACAAGUUAUCCUGAACCUUCUGGGAUUUAUGGAUCUUGACGGAUCAUCAGGUGAGACCUGAAGCAGGACGGCUCACAGAGGAGAGGAGGCCUGGGCUUGAGGUGUGAUGGGUUGAAAUGCCCUGAUGUGGUUCAAAAUGGACGGACAGCGCUGGGACGCUUACAUAAAAACCAGAGAAUCACUUCACUUGAACUCUAGCCAGCUGACUGCGACAGACUGCACACUUGAGGACGCCAUCCUGGAGUUGAGGUUUCUCUCAUCUUUCUACCCUCACAAUAGAAAUGUCAUGUGACUUGCAUUAAAAUCAUAUUUUCAA